CUAAUGAAGAUGCUGGAUCUAGAAGGUUGCAGAGGCUUAAAGAAGCAACAUUUGAAGAGCAUCUGUAAAAUAAUACUGCUCAAAUACUUGAGCCUCAGGAACACAGAUAUCACUGAACUGCCUAAGCAAAUCAAGAAGCUGCAGCGGCUAGAGACGUUGGACAUCCGGCAAACAGCGGUACAGUCAUUCCCAACAAAAUCAAUCAUGCUUCCUAUGCUAAAGCAUCUGCUUGCUGGCCAGGGCAACAACUCUGAUAGGUUUCAGGAGUCAUUUACGGCUAUGCGCCUUCCCAGCGGUGUCAGAGGAAUGAAGAAAUUAGAGAUAUUGUCUCGUGUUGUUUCUGACAAUGCUGAUGAUUCAAUUGAUGUUGGUCAUCUGUUACAGCUGAGGAAAUUGGGUGUGAUUCUUUCUGGUAAGAAAGGUAGCUUCGGUCAUCUAUUGCAACAGGUUGAGAAAUUGCAUGGUAGCCUCCUCUCCUUGUCAAUCCAGAUCAACCAAACACCCGAAGUUGGGGAUACUCUUGGUGCAGAGGAGGUGGUCACAUUAGUCUCGCCUCCGAAACUUCUUCAAAGCCUGAAAAUCAGCGGCAUCACAAGUGGGCUCCUCUUGUGGAUUGCAGAGCUUGAUCAGCUUACCAAGUUAACACUGAGCGAGACUUACCUGACAGAAGACUAUAUAUGCAUCCUUGGCAAACUUGCAGCUCUGCGUUGUCUCAGUCUUCGGCGCAAUUCAUACACCGGAAGCGGGCUAACAUUCAAGGAAGGGGAGUUUAAGAGCCUCAAGUCUUUGGUCGUCGAUGGCGACAUCAUCACCAACAUUACCUUUGACACUAAAGCGGCUCCCAAGCUUGAGACGAUUGUGUGGUCUUUCGCCAAAAUGGAGUCUAUUUCUGGAUUACGCGACCUUUGGUCGUUGAAGAAGCUCGAGCUCAAUGGUGACUGCAACCCAGGCCCAGUGAGAAGAGCACUUGGAAAGCACCCAUAUGAUCCUGAAUUUAAGCACAACCCACGCCAUGGACACCAAGAAGAUGGAGCUGUUGUUGCUGCCUCACCCCCAUGAGCAAAUGAUCGAUUUUUCUCCGUCAACCAGAAACUCUCUUUGGUUGGUGUUUGCCUGGCUCAUUUAUCAUUCUUGAAUAACGAAGCAGCUGAAGGAAGGCCUGGUCAUUUUCUUCCAGUCUCAUUCGUCACUGAAGCCGGAUUAUUUCAGUCUUAUGUGUGUUUGGUUCAAUUAUCUGUACUCUGCAUACUUGGACUCUUUCUGUGUGCGUGUUUGUGCGUGUGAGCAGCAUGCU